GCCUGGCAGGGUCUGCAUCAUGGAUCGUGUUUCUUCUCAACCUUCAAUUCAGUUUCAAGGAUCCCAAGGGCUUAUUAAAAUUCCCAAAGUUGAUCUGCCAAAUGAAGUGCAUACAUUUAACUUCUACUUGUCAAAGGUUGGCAAGGAUAAUCCUCAGGGAAGCUUUGACUGUGUCCAGCAAACAGACUCAAGUUCUGGAGCCUCGCAACUCAGUUGCCUGGGAUUUAUACAGAAUAAAAUUACAGUAUGUGCAACAAGUGAUUCCUAUCUGACGACCAGAGAGCGCAUGACCCAGGCAGAAGAGGAGUCGCGCAAUCGAAGUGCAAAGGUUAUUAAACCUGGUGGACCAUAUUUAGGAAAAAGAGUACCAAUCAGAAGAGCACCACAAAGCGUUCCAGAUGCUGCGCCUGAGAGGAAGAGGUCGACGCCCAUGAACCCUGCAAACACAAUACGGAGGACUCACACACACAAUACUGUUUCCCAGCGACCGUACAGGGACAGGGUGAUUCACUUGCUGGCACUGAAGAGUUACAAGAAGCCAGAGCUACUUGCUCGCUUGCAGAGAGAUGGUGUCAACCAAAAGGACAAGAAUUCCCUUGGAACUGUCCUUCAGCAGGUAGCCAACCUGAAUCCAAAGGAUAAUUCUUACACUCUGAAGGAUUAUGUAUUUAAAGAAAUUCAAAAAGAGUGGCCUGGAUACAAUGAAAUAGAUAAGCAGUCAUUGGAGUUAAUACUUUCUAGGAAAUUAAAUUCAUCUCAGAAUGCCACCAGCACCAGCCAUUUGGAAUCUCCCGUAACUUCUAAUAAAGAUGCUCCAUCAACUUCUCAGAAACGGCUUUUGAAUUCCGAUUUUACCACUCCUCUGAUGAACAAAAAGCAGAGGAUAUCUCCCCUGAACAGUCGAGUCCAGCCAUCGCUCAGCAGCCACUUGCCUGCCUCGGGUGAGAAAGCCACUGCCGCCCCGCCGCCGCCCCGUCCCGCAGCCGCCACUACUCCCGCUCCUCUGCCGCUGCCUCCCGCGCUCCUCCCCACUUCCAACCCUCCUCGAACUGCCAGCUCUGGCUCCCCCAGCACCCCCGAGGGGCAGGGGACACAAGACCUGCCGGUGGACAGCUUCAGUCAAAAUAGCAGUAGCAUCUACGAGGACCAGCAACAAAAAUAUACCUCUCAGACUCCUUUGGGGAUCCUGGCGUCUGCCGCCGUGCCGGUGGAAGCCCCCAGGCCCGCAGGCAAGAAGCACGGGGUGGUGCACCAAAAGCCCGAGAAGGUGAAGGAGCGUAAGGAGAAGGAUGAAAGCAAAACACAGGACACUACGGGUGCGAGCAAGGAGGAGAAAGACCUUAGGAAAGAAAAAACUGCCAAGCUGAAAAAAUCCUCCCGUUUGAAUUCAGGAGUUAAAGAAACUUGCACUGCCUCCACAGAUCCUCCUUCCUCAACAAGUGAACAACCAGACUACUUCAUAAAAUACAUAGCUAUCGUCUCAUACGAGCAACGCCAGAGUUACAAGGAUGACUUCAAUGCAGAGUAUGACGAAUACAGGAGCUUGCAUGCUCGGAUAGAGGGUAUCACCAGGAAAUUCAUGAAGCUUGAUGCACAACGAAAGCUUCUUUCUCCAGGGUCCAAAGAGUAUCAGAUCCUUCAUGAGGAGGUCUUAGAAGAGUAUCGAAAGAUAAAACAGUCUAGCCCCAAUUUCUAUGAAGAGAAGUACAGAUGCGAGUAUCUCCACAACAAGCUGUCUCACAUUAAGAGACUGAUAGGGGAAUUUGACCAGCGGCAAGCAGAGUCGUGGCACUAGUCUUCUGCUUCGACCGGGACAUGUGAAUGAACUGAAGCUUAUUUAUUUAAAACCUAAGAUUAAUUGCUCUAAGGCUCUAAAAAUUAGCAUCAAACUUUUGCGUUACAGAAGUUUCAGUAUUAGCAGACUUAAGUUAACUACUUUUGUUGUUGUUGAUGUUGCUUAUAUGCAUAUUUGAAGCUGCUUUUUCUGGUCCCUUCUUUUCUUCAAGACUUAUGUUUGUCCAUUGAAAUAAUUUUAUCAGUAGAUGCUGGGGACCCAGUACCUCUACUGCGAAGUUGUGCACAUUUUAAGGAAAUAUUGUAGCAAACCGAAAUGCUUUUGGAUAAGUAUAAGGAUGUUUUCUGACCUUUCUUGUUAAUGCAAACUCUUUGCCUUAAAUGGUAGAAGGUUUAAAAAUUUGCACAAAACUAACAAAAAAAAAAAAAUCACACUGUUCUGGAGGGUUGGAGAGGCGUGUGUAUGUGCUGUAUACAGCCCCUUUUGUUCCAACAGAAACUCACCCCUGCAACUUAAACCCCCCAUUGCAGUGGUUGCCUUAAGGUGUUUGCUUGUGUGUGUUCAGUGUAGUUAAAUCGUUAGCUACACCGCUUCCCGCGUGGCUCAAGCGCCUGGGAAGCGCUACGUGGCCUACCGGUGUCUGGAAGUGUGUGCCUGUUCUGUGUGCGUGCGAGGAUGCGUGGGUGUGAGCGUGGCUGAUGGGGAUAUUAAAAAAUAAAAAAAAAAAAGCUGCUACUCUUAAGUAGGCCAAACGCUCAGGUUAAAACAACUGGCGAGUGUUGCCGUAGGUUUUUCCUAUAAAAUCGCUACUUCUAUUGUGGAAGGGGAGAGCAUUUCCAUUUCAAUAGUUUGUCAGCUUUAAUAAUAUUGGGGAAAUUGAUACUUUACAAAAAUGAAACAUAUAUAGUUUUGGGGCAAGAUUAUAAAGUUAAACAUGUAGGUUGCCUAUUUAUAUACUACUAUAAAGUAUUUUUUGAAGAGAGAUAUGCAAAGAAGCUAUUGCCUACAUGAAAUAUAUAUUUAAAGACUUUUUGUCCUGGGUGCCAGGAAUAUAGCGAAGAACAGAUGUAUUUAACGAUAAAAUACUGUGAUCACCAAACAGCACAAACUUUUCAUUUCAUGCAGUUUUUUGGUUUAUUUUGAUGUAGACCAUCGCUUACUUUAUCAUGUGAAAACACAGGUUAUUUGGUCAAAAUUGAGCAAAAUCUUUGUGUGUCUUACUGCGUUUGUCUUUUUGAAAUGCUGCCAACUGAAAAGGGAAGCAUUAUGUUUACAAAUCCGAUUUGAGAACCUUUGCCAAAAUCUGUGGUGGUGUCGCUGGCAGGCUUUAUCUCCAGGGUCGGAGAAAACCGUUGUCUCUCUCUGUAAACCAGAACAUGCCUGAUGGCCAGAAAGCAGGCGGCCGGGUCAAGGGGAGCAAUUGAAUCUUUGCCUUAAAUUUCGUGGGUCCAAAACGUCACGCUGGCGAGGAUGGAACGGCAAGCGAGGCGCGGCCUCCCUGCUGCCUGCCGGGGACCCGGUUGGCUCUGGGUCCCUGGGGUCAGCGCGGUUGUUUGCAGCUCCGCCUUUCAGAUGGCGAAAGGAGGAGGAGGUGUCCUGCCUCCCGUGAAGAGCUGCCUUCACCUGGCUGUAACGACUGCACUGGUCCCCGGGCGGGCACACGCUGCCGUGCCCAGCCCGAACUGCAGGGGCCGUGCCGCAGCCGCGCAGCUUCCAGCCUGGGAAGGGAGCGGCUGCUCCCGUUGAAGGGGCGUGAAGCCCCCGGUACCGGCACCCAUUCCAGCAGCCCCGUGCUCUUGAUCUAAACCCAGACCUGACGGUGACCGCCACCACGGGCGUGCGACGCUGCUACGCCCGUCCCGACGGGCACUCGUAGCGCGAUCGCUGUGUCGCUGGGGCCCCGUGCAGUGACCGAUCCCGCUCCCCCCCUCGCCCCUUACCGCUGGCCUGUGUGCUCAUGGCAUCUUCUGGUUUACAGCUGGAGGUUGGUCCUGCUCCAGAGGUCCAGCACUGCCUACCGUCGUCAGACCUGACGAGCUACUGUAAAGGCCUUAAUGGAAGGUUUUGCCUGUUUGCGUUGCGCGUUCCUGAAGCCUUGCAGGUACCCGACAGCCUACGUGUUGCAAAACACUGCUGUGAGUCUCUGGUUCGCCUGGAGCCAACAUUCCUGUCCAGCAGAUGCUGGGAGGCCGCUGGAGUGGGGCCUCUGUCGCUGCCUCUCCUGGAAAACUCGCUCGGAGGAACAAGCAGCGCCCGUGGUGGCAUCUCGGCGGGGUUACGCUGCGACGGGCGCGAAGCAAAUGAUUGAUGUAGAGAAGGGGCAACAGCGCGCGUCUCCUUCGCGGAGAAUCCCGCUACAGUUUAUAAAAAAAUACAUGGUCGGAAGGGAGGCAACAGCCCUGUCCAGCUGGCUGGAGAAAGCACAGGGUAGGGGGCUGCUUUCCAGUCUUGCUGGGGCUUGAGGGGGGAAAAACUCUGCCCAAAGUCAUUGGUUUCUUUUAAAUUGUAGGUGUUCUCUGAACUGCCCCUCGAAGCAGCUCACUUGCCUGCUUUUAAGUCUUCAGACCACCUUGUCAGCUGUCAAAAAAAAAAAAAAAAAAAAGCCCCCAAAAGACUAAUAUUCAAAUCUUUUGGAAGUGUUUUGUAAAACACACAGACAGCUGUUGGGGGCGAGUUACUGCGACUUUACACAGAAAUGGGUUUCAGUGCCGAUGUGGUAACUUUGCUCAUUCGUUACCUUUUGGGCAGCAAUGUCACCGCCAGGCUUUCCGGGUGGGUGAGUGUCGACCCGUGCCAAGACCCGCGCCGCCGCUGACGCAUGGUUCUUUUCCCGAGUUUGCUGUUACCCAUUUCUGUACCUGGUGGGGGAGAGCGUGGCCAGCGAUUCCAUAACCUUCUCCUGGGGAAGGAUAUGAAAUCGAUCAAGGCAGGACAAUAUUUGGGAGCACAAAGGCUUAAAACAGGGCUGUGAAUCCCCCUUUCUGACCUGGGAGAGUAUUUUACAACUUUUUCAAUUGUUUCCAUGCAAACUGUAUUAGGACUCUACGUGAAACAUCUGGGGCAUUUUGUUGAUGAACACUUGAGCCAUUCGUGCCCCUCUGUUCUACAUCAAUUUAAGUUCAAUAAAAUGUUAACUUUGCAAUCCCA